CCAAAAUGGCUGACUUUCCCUGUAUCGCAGUCGGUCUUGUCUUCGAUAUUGUUGAAUAAUUCCGUCCUUGUUUCGUUUAUCGAAGUUAUCUAAUUUUUAAUGCAACAAAUAUGAAUAUUGAACGUGGCAGUUUGGAUGACAUCACCAGACCUGCUAGUAGUGACAGACCUAGAACUGGCAGCAGACCUAGCAGUAGAGUAUCACUUAGCAGUGUAACAUCAACAAGUAGACCACCACAAAGACUAACCACACCAACACUACUAGAAUUACUGCCACCUGAAGACAUUUCACAACAGGAACAUGACCUGGAGGUGGUUGAAUACCAGAGUUCAGAUAGUGAAGACGAAGGUGUACAGAGGAAGAGUAGAAACAUCACAGACUCUUACAAGCAGUUGUUGUAUACAAAUGACUUCAACAUCGGUGAUGAGAAUGCACCACCACAAUCUGAUUCCACUAGAACAAAGCCGACAUCAGAACAAAGCAAAGAAGAAGAUGAAGAUGACAGAAUACAGGACCCUAAACUGCGGGCUGCCAUUAAAAAAAUGAAAAAACUUGAUAAGAUAUUAGCUCAGAAAAUCAAGCGAGAAAAAGAAGUGAAAAGGCAAAGAAUACGACUGCAGAGACAGCUUCAAGAAGAACUGGAGAGGGCAAAGCCAGAAGGACGAGACGAACUGAAAGAGGUGAAAGAGAACACUCUCAGGUUUUUGGCAUUAGCUCCGCCUCCCUCGCAUAACGAAGGUGUUGGCUUAGAUGAUGAGUCACCUCCAGUGACUCCAGUAUUUGCAACACAGCCACAUUUAGAUGAUAUGGUGAAUGGCAAUAUUACUGAUAGAUCCAGAACAACUAAUGCAUCUGAGGAUACCACUACAAGCGCAGGGGGUUCCCAGACGUCUAAUGCCAGUACAAACAGAGGAACUGAAACCACCAAGAAAUCAGCAGGAAAGAGUGGCAGAGGCAGUAGAAAAAAACCAACAAGUAAAACAGAUUCUGGACUGCAAAAUAAAGAUGAUUUCAUACAGCGGAAUAUUCAGCUUGCUUCAGAUGCUGGCAGUUUAAUUGCUAUGACCGAUGAUGAAAAGAAACGACUGGAAGAUCUCUUGGCUGAUGUAGAAAUGUUAAAGGAAGAUGAUGAUGAUAAUGAGAAUGCAGAUGUGAAUCCUUUCCAACUCAAAGUAGCACCAGGGUUUGGAUUUCAACCUGAUCAAAAUGAUGCUAAGACUCUACAAGAUAUUGAUGCUAGGCUCCAGACAUUAUUACCAAAAGAAGAUUUUGAAUCUAUUUGUAGCACCCCAGGAAGAACAGAAUCCGAAUAUUCUGAGUAUAAGUUCAGUCAACACGAAUACCAUGGUAACAUGGACCUAAUGCUGCUCGGUGAGAGGGCACUAAAAGAAACUAAAGAGAUGAGAGAUCAGCAAAGUAGACUCAAAGAAAUAGAAGAUGAAUUAACAAAUCUACAACUAAAAGUGGAGAGUGAGAUGGAAUUCCCACACCUCAGCAAUGUUCAGUUACACGAAUUGCUUGAGCAAUGUUCAAGAGCCAGUUCACGUGCGACGAUAGAAACAGACGCUAUGGCAAAUUCACCUCGGUCGCCAGCCCAGAAUUCUGUUUCCUCCAUCUAUGAAAGUCCACCUAAACUAGCUGAUGAUGUGCUGAGACAACUUUUAGAAGAUGCUAGGAAUGAAUUGAAGAUUGCCAGAUGUAAUUCCAGACUCAGUACUGUUAGAGAGGAAGAUGGUAGCAGCAUGUCACGCGCCUGCACUCGAAGUUCCAGCAAUAAUGAUUUUGAAAAUGUUAAUGAAAGGGACAUGCAUGUGGAAUCAGUUUCGGAGCUAACAAUCCAAGAGCUGUUACACAAUCCCAGAGCUACAUCUCGAGCUGCAUCAAGUGGCAACCAAUCCCCAACACCGGUGUCAUCUGAAAAUAGUCCACGUUCUGCAAAUGUGACGGACAACGGAGCUUUUACCGAAAGUGUGGGGGACAGUCAGGGUUCUACUCUAUGGUCAUCACAGUCUGCGAUGUUCACACCGCGGGACAAGUUGCCGGGCUUGAGUGGGGAUGCUGAUGAUUGGGAUGUGGAAAAUGUAAAUGAUGAAGAUGGUGAUGAUGAUGCAACCCCAACACCAGGAGAAAUUAGUUACAAAGCUGGGUCAUUGCUACAGGGUAGGAAAAAAGACACUGAUGCGAGACAACAAAAUACAAUGUUUGGAUCUGGAAAUGGCACUGCAAUAAAUGAGAGUGAUUCUUUUACGCCUACAUUUGGAGAUGAUAUAGCCAGCGUGGAUGGGGAAAAUGAAGAAUCUGCCAUUAGAACUGUAGCUAUGUUUGCCGAUAUGAAGGGCAGGCCACUAAGCCACCUCUCGGUGAUGGAUGAGAGUGACUUCGUGGAAGAUUAUGUGGGAUCAGAUUCAGAGAUAGAUGAUAAUUUUGGUCAGGAUGAUGAAAGCUAUGAUGGAGAACUACGGGAAUUACACUCCCCAUCUGUUGACUCAAGAGCUAGUUCUCAACUUUCACAUCCUCGAACUGAAUCGGACAUGAGUAUUAGACAGUUACGAAUUUCCAAAUCUGCAUUUGACUCUCGUCCAAGUUCGAAAGCUGAGAGCAACCGAACUGUUACGCCAAUAACCCCAGAUCCCCUUCCAAAACCGCCGUCCAAGGCUUCCAAUGUGAAGCACAGUGCAAGAAGUGUGAAGUCUAUAAAGAAAGGACUUGCAAUGGUUUCUCGAUCCGAUCCUAGUGCUACUGAAUCCAGAGCUGCCUCGCAGACCUCAACUAUAAGAUCUGAUUCACAGGCAUCCACAAACACGUCAGUUUCCUCGUCAGACUUUGAAUAUGAACAUGACGAUGAAAUCCGGGCACACCUCAUACUUGAUGAAGAACAGCUUGCAGAAUCCAGGAGAUUGGCACAGGCACAAAGAAGAAUGGCCAAAUCAGUCAACAGAUCAACCACAUCUCCUCCACAUCCGCCAAGUAAAGGUCACAACACCAGUAAGCAAAAAAUGAGAAGGAAAAUGCCAAUGAUAAGUGCCCCAGAUGUGAAAGAAUCAAAAACAUUCAGUCCUCCUCUCCUGACUGCAAAUUCCCGAAUCACGACAGAUGCACGCGUAAUCAACCUAGCAACGGCUGAGGUUAGGACAAAAUACGCCCUGAUUGCCGAUAAAGCAGAUAGAAGCGAAAUACAUACAGUCGUAGCGGAAACUGAAGAUUAUACCGACGAUAUAUUUGCCAAGAAAUUCCAAAUUUGCAGAUUCAUCGAGAGAAAUACGCCAGAUAUCACCCGCCAACGAAAUACUCGAGAACAUGUUGCCGUGACAACAAAUUCUUCCUCCGUUAACCUACCGAAACUCGAACUUCCGAUGUUCAGCGGCGAUGUUAUGAAAUGGAAGAGUUUUGAAGACGCUUUUAUCGCCGCUGUGGACAACAAUAUACACCUUAGUGCGGUUCAGAAGUUCCAAUAUCUUCGCGCCAAACUGUCCGGUGACGCCGCACUGACAAUUGAAGGACUACAGUUAAGUAAUGAUAACUAUACGCAUGCACUCGAACUUUUACGUAAACGAUACGGCCAAGAACACAAAAUUACCUCAGCGUAUAUGAAGUCAUUGUGCGAGUUACCAAAACCGAUAAAUACCCGAGAUAGUCUCCGUACCUUUUACGACAAUUUAGAAAGUAGCAUACGCGGACUGGAAGCGUUAGGGAAAACGGAGAACUCCUAUGGUGAUUUGCUUACGCCACUCAUUAUGGAAAACUUCCUGGGAACGUUCGGAAACAGAUGGCACGGGACCAUGGCGAUAAUGAAUGGACACUUCCCGACCUACGCAAAGCUUUGUAAAAAGAUCCUAUACCCCACAUAA